AUGUCGACCUCAACUGCCACCGCCUCCGCCUCGCUCUCCGACUCUCCUCGUCCGGGACGACUCCGUCGCUUCAGCCAGCUCCGCGCCUACACCCAAAACCUCGCCAACUCUUCCCCCAGCCCCCGAUCUUAUCGGAACAGCUUCAGUAGUCGGGUCCCCUGGCUGUCACCUACCUCCAGUUCCGGCCCGGACCCAUCUCCGUCGCACGUGGGGAAUUCGACAGCUCCAUGUCCCGAGAGUGACCAGCCUGCUCUGUCCCGUUACACCUCUGCCCCCUCUUCGAGUUCUCACGGUCUUGCCGACGCCAAUAGCCAGGGCUCAUCGACCGAGUCCUCACGAUCGACACCUCCCACCGACCGCACUCAGACAACUCAUGUCAUGGCGCGGUUAAGGAGCGCUUCGGCUGUGCAAAGUCGCCCACCUCGCAUACUGGAUAGAAAUGCCAAUCCCGAAGCAUCUAGUCCCUCGCCUGAACCGUCUGCCGCACAAAGUGAUGCGACAGAUUUGGCGGGCACAACCUCGGCGGAGGCGCAGGGCACUUCGUUGAAACCGAAGCAGAAGGCCACCAUCCGAUUUUUCCCUUACCAAGAUUCCCUCCAAAGCUCAAGACCGUCGCUGCCGUUUGCCCCCAUCGCUCGUACGCUGCCGUCUGAGAGCUGUGUGAUUCGUGUGGGCCGGUACUCGGAGCGUGAUGGGAUCCCUAUCCCCAACCCAACCGAACCCUCGGAUGCCCCUGUUGGCUUCAAAUCCAAGGUCGUCAGCCGGAAGCAUUGUGAAUUUCUGUAUGCCAAUGGCCAGUGGCAUGUCAAGGAUGUCGGAAGCUCGUCGGGGACCUUUUUGAAUCACAUGCGCUUGAGUCAACCGAACAUGGUGUCCCGCCUGUACUCCAUCAAGGAUGGUGAUAUUGUGCAGUUGGGAAUCGACUUCCGAGGCGGGGAAGAAAUGAUCUUCCGAUGCGUUCGGAUUCGGAUUGAGUGUAAUCGAUCCUGGCAGCAACAGCCCAAUGAGUUUAACAAAAACACCGAAAGCCUCAUCAAGAACCUGGGCAAGGGUGAUGCUGCCGAUUAUUCCGGGUGUCGCGAAUGUUCUAUAUGUCUCGGUUCGGUUUUGCGACCCUACCAGUGUUUGUUCAUGGCGGCCUGCGCCCACGUCUGGCACUAUAAAUGUAUCAGUCGCCUGAUUCAUUCCCCCGACUACCCCAUGUUCCAGUGCCCCAACUGUCGUGCAUUUACGGAUCUGAGCGCCGAGGUCGACGAUACGAAUGAUUUCGAGGGCGAUGGGGAGAAGGAUACCAAAAAGCCAGCGGUAGCAGAAAGUACCCAGGAAGAUCCGCCACAGACACAAGAAUCCACGAACGGUCUCACAGCCAACAGUGCUGGGGAGACCCAGGAUCAGCAAGAAAACCAUCACUCUGACGAGCCGAGUCUGGUUGACGAUGUCGAGAACCUCCACAUAGAUGAUGAGCAGCAAGCAGGGGCGGCGUCUGAAGACACCCGAAGCUCGGAUUCCCCCGCCCCCAACACGAGCCAGGACGACCUUGCUCGUAGUGCUACCAACAUCCCCGGGUGGCAGCCCACGCAGCCACUCAGUGUGCCUUCCAGUCACCAGUCACACCUCCGCACCGACACCCCCGUGCGCUCGGAAACAUCCGACGAAAACCCCUUGACGCCUCGAAACGACUCGGGGCCACUGGCAUUCGAUGGCCGAGCCGGGAUGCCGUGA